AUGCUCAGGAUUAUAGCAUCGUUUCCUAAAUACAUGCCUAAUAUUGACCAGUUUGUGGUUACAGGUGUGACAGAACAUUUUGGUGUUCCGAUCGUCGAUGUGGACAUGGUAAUGGCAUCACUAGAGAAUGCAAUGGCCUCGACCGGCGGAUUUUGUGUCGGUCGUUCUUAUGUUGUCGGCCAUCAACGACUUUCUGGUCUUGGGUACUGUUUUUCGGCGUCAUUACCACCGUUAUUGGCGACAGCUGCCAGUGAGGGACUGCGAAUAAUUGACGAACAACCAGAGCGAGUGGUACGAGUCCAACGGUUCGCCAUGGCAGUACAUCGCGGUUUGGAGGCAGCAUUCGAGGUAGGAGGCAUCCUUGUCUUCCUAUUGUAA